AUGACUGGAACGCAAAAUCAUGAAUUCGACCACUGGCGACACCCUGAUGGAGGCCAAUGGCAUCUCUGGUCACCAGUACACCAUCGCGAUGAUGGUCUUUUGGUGGCGUAUUUUGUCUUUGAGGCGCCGAGCAAUCUUGCGCUCAAGUCCUUCCAUCCGCACAGAUGGCUUGGAUUCCUCGUCAUUGCGUUCGGUGCGUUGUGCACUGGUAUCGGUUUCACGCACACCUUUACAGAAAUGGCAGUGCUGCGCUUCUUUCUCGGGGCGGCCGAGGCGGGCGUGUUCCCUGGGUCAUCGCAUACGGAGUCGGGCAUCUCAACGGUCAUCAAGGCCUGGAAGGCUGGAGAUGGCUCUUUAUACUCAAAGGAGUCCCUAGCAACCGUUAAGAAAGGAGAGCACUUACUAAUAUAUCCCAGUGAGGAUAAGCUCAACUGGAACGAUGCCAAAGACGCGCUCUGUUCGGCACGCUACUUGUUUCUCGUCGUCGCCACAACCUGUGUUUUCGCCGGUCCGCCCUCUCUCAACGCCUGGGUUGGUGAUAACGUCCGCAACACGACCGCAAGUUCGUUGACGAUUGCUCUUAAUAUCGCCUUUUCCGGGCCAGGCCAGAUAAUCGGUGUCUGGAUCUACAGAGCCCAGGAUGCACCGGCUUACCGCUUGGGCCAUGCGGCUGAUGCGGUCACGAGCGCCAUCGCUGCAGGGUUGGCUCUCACGCUAACGGUGCAUUAUAGAAGGACGAAUAAAAAGAUCAAGGGGACAGGGGAUCCGUUGUGGGUGGCUUGA